ACUGAGCACUCACACUUCUGUCUCUGCAGCAGAUCAUAGUUUGGCUCAGAUUCAGAAACACUGAUACUGUGCGUGUGUGUGUGUGUGUUUAUAAAAGUGUGUGUCUGUGUCCUUGCCAGGGUGAAGCCAGACAGAGCAGCUCGACACACAGCGCCACAGAUAUGAAUCACCUACUGGUAACUACGCUCUUUAUUUCCUCUUCUUUCUUUCUGUUUUCUCUGUUUGUGUCUCUGAAGCUUUAGGGCAGACCUCAGGGAGAAAAGACAUCAAUCAGGUGGAUUUAAAACAGAAUCAAGUGUGUUUGUAAAUGAGGAGAGCAGGGCCUGACCUUUGCACCGUGUAGGACAGAAGUGUUCAAACUGUAUGUGUGUGACUGUAGGAAGCUGAUCUUGAUCUUUAUCUUGGUGAGUGUUAGCAUGUAUGUUAGCAUAUGUGUGUGGAGUCAUGUGAGGUAAAGAGCUGAUCUAUAUUUACCAUCUGAGUCACCUCGAGUGACCUGCUGCUCGGUCACUGCACACUCUCCCUCUGCUUUCACCUGAUCUUUAGCUUUACCUGCGCAGCAUGUUAGCAGAACAAUGCAGGCCUGCACGUACACACACACACACACACACACACACACACACACACACACACCUGUUAACUUAAGUCGCUCAUGGACACUUAUGUUCAAAUAUUUUUAUCCCAACCUGACCCUGGCUACUUUUUGGCUAACUUGUUAGCAUGUCCCGGCCUGUUGAUCAGCAGUUAUAUUGAAAAGUCCUUAACUCAAAUAUAAAACUUCAGAACAAGUUAAACCAGUGGCUAACCGAUCCGGUUUGAGGGGCAGGAGGCAGUCUGCAGGUUACAGAGAUGAAACAGUUUUCCAAACUCUUAAUUCUCUCAGUGUGGGAUUCAUUUAAACACAUUCAUGUUUAUAUAAUAUGAGAGAGAGGACAAAUUAACAGGGACACUUUUACAUUAUCCCAUGGAAGAACAUGCAGGGGGAAUUAUUCAAUUGUUUUUUUGCAAUUAUAGGACAUCCAGAGGACAAUCUUUAAUGAUUUAUAUCCCCAUAGGUCACCCAGAGGGCUGUGUUUGCAUAUUAGAUGAACUGGAGGUACAUCUAGGGGACAAUAUUUUUAUAUUUCGUAAAUUGAACAAUCCUUUUGUCCCACUGGAGGCCACCUGGGGGGCAUUUUUCAACACCAUGUGGUUACUGCUUUUAUAAAAUAUUGAUUAGAAGAGAACAUGACUGAACAUUGCAGUAAAGUACUUUAAUUUCAGACAUGUGACUCUUUGACUUGUAACCUACUGAUCUUUGACUGUAUUGAUUUUAGUUUAAAGAGAAAUCAUGGUGAUACUCAUAAUCUCAGCCCUUAGCUCUUUUUGUUACAGAGGUUUACAACAAGAUGAACAUUAAAACAGGAGAAAUGUACAUUAAUGGGACAGUCAACAAAAAAAACAAGGAAGUGGUAACUCUUGAAAAGUAUUUCCUUUUCUUUUUAUCGACACAACAUCCAAGUGCAUUUCACAGCUAAUGGUACGCUUAGGAAACCUUGUUUACUCUGGGAUCAGAUGACAGAUUUGACCUCUUUAUUCUUGUGUGUGGUUUCCCAAACUCACAUAAACUUUAAGUGAAAACAGGGCAGGAAGCUUUUACUCCCAAGUCUUCAUUUAGAUGUUUGUGUGAGAGACAAAACGAAGACAUAUGUUUCAGAGAAGUGAGGAGAGGAUCCAAGAAGACCUGACUGCAAACCCACAGGGACCCACAACAGACUGGUUGGCACACUUUGGCCUCAUAAAACACACACACACACACACACACACACACACACACACACACACACACACACACACACACACACACACACACACACACACACACACACACACAUAUCAGACUGAGCGGCUUCUUCUCUCUGCCUCCUCAUUGGUGGAAGUGUCACAUUCUGAGGCUGUGAUUGGUUGUCAGUUGUGUCGGUCCCGCCCUCAGCGGCCCAGUGUGACCUUGGUGGACAGUAUUAAAGUCAUGCAGCUUUCUUAAAGGGACAGACAGCAGCUGCAUGACAGGUUUCAUUUUUAGAGUAGAAACACCUUCAUCAGAAAGCAGAAGCAGUCCCUCUGCCCUGCACCUGUCCUGAUUUUUAUAGUCUGAAACAAAAACCUCAGAGUCUGAAGUGAAAAUGUCAUGAGGUCACUUCCACUACCUUACACAAGGUAGGAAGCGACCGCAGCCACAGCACACCCUCAGAGGGUAAUUCCUGCUUUUUUUUUUUAUAUAUAACCUGGGCUGUAGUUUUCAUAAAUAUUUCCAGGGUCUAAAAUCAGUAAGAGGAGAAUAUAAAUAUUUGCAUGCUUUGUAGAGCUCCUUUAACCUGCAGUUGGGACACGGUCUAAGGAAAAGAUCUUGUUUUAUCGUUUAAACAUGUGAAAAGCUAAAGAAGUGCAACAACUUCGUGCUUCCGUUCAAAACCAUUACAAUCUCUGGACAAAUAUGUACAGCCUUACAGCCUGCACAUACAGCUAAUACUCAUUUAUGGGUAUGAUGGGCUGGUGUCCCAGUUCAUUCCUAGCACAGGUCUUGGGUUCUGAUUGGAUUUGUACUACAAUUGUUUACAGAAUAUAAGGGUCACAUUCAGGAAGAAAAACAAAGCUGCCAGCAGUGAUGAAGAGCCCUCAGAAUCUUGUAAAGGUUGGGUUAUCUCAGCGGAGUGCUCUCACUGUGAUCCAAAAGUCUGUAGAUCUGAUUAAGUCAGAACCGUCAGCAUUCAUGUUCAAUUUAAAGCAAAGUCUAGCGAUGGCUUUUACCAGAAGGUGGAGCCAAGGUUUUAAAAAGGCUCUAGUUCUCAAGAAUCUUCUGGACAAUGUCAAUAAAUGCGUAGAGAUAAAAUUUUAUUCAAGUGUGUUCUACAGGUGGCAGUGCUACCUUGACAAAACUGUUAAUGUAGACGAGUUCAGACUGGGACAACUAUCAAACUGUGACAUUUGACCAUGUAUUCCCACGGAUAUUUCAUGGAUAUGAAAUAUGAAAUCGAUCAAGCGCUGGAUGAGGAAGUUACAGUAACUUCCUGUAAAACAACGCUGUCUUUUUUUCUGCACAUGCUCAGUAAGCUUUUUUUUUUUAAUUUAAUUUAUUUUAUUUUUUUUAACACAGAUAACUUGUUCAAAACAGAAUUAGGACUUUUUUGUCUGCCCAGCUGUGAUGUUCUGCUGUCUGUGCUGCAGACAGUGCAGAGAGAACUGUAGAUUAUGAGGAUUAGAUGUGCUCUGUUGGAUACACUCAAGAAACAGUUUCCUGAAGAAGAGUGCACAUGCAGAUUGAACAAACUACCAGACAAGGGAGCUUGCAGACGGACAAGUGCAUGGACAAACAAAUGUUACCGUGCCUCAUCCUCCCAAUGUUCUAAUAAAUCAGUGUAAUUUUCUUUUUUUCCAGAAAGUUCCCGUUCUGGCCAGACGGGCCUUCAGCAGCUCAGCCAGACAGCUGAAGAAUAAAGUCCCAGAGGCUCAGAAAAUCUUCCAGGUAAGACAGCCCAAAUUAAGCAGCAGGAUCAUGAUAUCUGAGGGAGGUAGACAUGACACGACCAUGAGAACGACUCACUCUCAUCACUUCUCAGAUUUCUGCAUGUCAAGUAAAUCUGUGUGGGGGGUGAUAAGGUCUGAGCCUAGAGUCUGAAUACAAACCAUGUUCUAUCUGAAACUGAGUUAUGCAAGAGAGUUCAUUGUAGUAGAAGACUUUAUGUUGUUUCUAUGGUUACAGGAGGAUAACGGCUUGCCAGUCCACAUCAAGGGAGGAACCUUCGAUGUCGUGUUGUACAGAGCAACCAUGAUGCUGACUGCAGCAGGUAACAUGGCAGCAGCUUAAAUAACUGACAGAGACCUGUCAGGAGGACGCUGCAGUAGACAAAGCUGCAGAGUAUAAGGCACUGAUGGUACUGCUGCAGGAAACACAUCUGCACAUCAUAAUGCUGCAGAUUAUAUCAUUGUAGGUAAAAUCGUUACAGACCACGAUAACGCAGGUCAGUUAUGAAGAUGUUGAUCUUAAAGGUGCAGGUUAGCUAUUGGGGGAAAAAGCUGCAGGUAAAAGUAGGUGACUUCAGGUGACUUAACCGAGGUAAAAUAGCUGCAGACUUUAAAAGUAAGAAGAUGAUAUAAAUGCAGAUAGCUUCACUGCAAGUUCAAAGCUGCAGGUUACACUGGUGCAGGUGGUGCAAAAAUCUUAGCAGGCAGCAUAGGUGCAGGUUUUAUAUUUGGUUAUAAAACCAACUUGAACCCUCUGCGUAUGAGUCAUCAGUUUGUGACCUGCUCUGAAAACAAACAGCUCAGUAAAGACUCUCUCUGUGACACAUGCAGCACUUUCUGGUCAAACCUGUUUCCUUUAUGAAAGGACAAAGUUAGGCUCCUAGAGGAUGUUCAGUGAAAAGAGUGUCAACCUCUCUUGCCAACAUGAGCGCUGCCUACCAAACACGUGUAAAAGUAAACUCAAAACUAAAACCUGCAUGAAUUACUGAAAUCUCGAUUCCUCUUAUGUCUUUGUAUCUCUGCAGGAACAUGUUACUCUCUCUACUGGCUGCUCGUCGCCUCAAUGCCUCAGAAGAAAGCGUAGAGAGCAGGUGACCCAGACUCUAAUCUGGCUCUGAUUUCAAAGUUUGUUGUGUAUAAUUUUGUGAUAUCAUCAGCCAUCGAGCUUUCAUUGGGAAUAUAAAUAAAUAUGUACAAAGUGUUAGAUUGUGAUUUUAUGUCACUGCUGCAGGGUUUUCCUUUGUGUCUCACUGAUUUGUGGUUUUAAUAAUAACUCAUGGUCCAUCAUCCUUUCAGCCUCUUUUUCUACUUGGCAAUAAACUGAACAAAACCAAGACCCCCCUCUGACAGCUGGACCCUCCGAAAGGCUCAAUCUAGCCAUCUUUGGAAGAAACUCAGUCUGUCUUCCUGAGAGAUAAAUAAACUAAGAGUCGAUGGAUGUUACUCCAACCCUGAUAUCACUUCCUGAGUCAGGACUGAGAUGUGAUCGUCUUUUAUGGAUCAGAGACCGAACUAUUCUAACUCUGUCGACCAAAACUGACCCAUCUACCAAAACUGGCCUAGAAUGAUUCAAACUUUCCACUCAAUAAUGACUGAAACAUUAUAUUUUAUCAACUCCACAAAAAAGUUGGACUUUUUGUUGACUGAAAUUUGGCUAUAACAUUUUGCCACUUCAUCAUCUUAAACUUGAGUGUUUUGAUUAUUUUGGCAAAUUAAACCAGAUUAAGAAAAUGCAACUUUAUUUGAACUUAAAUUAGACUACUAAAUUUGGACUCCUUUCAGACCAAAGUCAGUUAAUAUGUUUUGACUAGAAAAUGACUUAAAUGUUUUAAAAUGUUGUCAAUGAAAACGAGACAAUAAAGUGUGACACUUGCUGACCAAAUAAGUUGGACAAAAAUGUUUGGCGUAAAUUAGACUGCAAUAUUUUCAGACUUCAUCUAAAAUGAUUUAAUUCCUGCAUUGUCUCAAACAAGGCUAUAAAAAAUGAGCUUUUGUCAAUACAAACUCAAACAAUUUGACUUUUUGUCCACAAUAUCAGUUCUAGAUUUUGCUGCCAAAACUCGACUAUAAUGAUUCGACUUUUCGACCAUAAAAUUGUUUUAACUGUUUGUAAACUGGACCAAAACCGUUUUAAUUCCCUUCAUUAACUCAGACUAACUCAUUGUGAAUCCUUUCAAACUAAAACUAACAUUUAAUGUUUGCACUUUUAUUCACUAAAACAGGAUUAACAUAACUUUGGCCAAUACUAUAUUUAACUAUAACAUGACAUAUAUUUUGACUUUUUAACAACUUAAACUGGACUAAAAUGUUUUCAAUCUUUUUGUUAACUAAAAUUAGUCUUUUUAAUGCUUCAUUUACUGAAACUAAACUUGAAUCUUUUGUUCUUUUUUCAACUUGAACCAAAUCAAAGAAGUCUGACUGUGUGCCGAUCAAAAUCACACCACAAUGUUUUAGCUUUCAGGCAAAAAUAUGUCCAAAAUAUUUUUACAUUUCAUUGACUUUAGAUCAAAUAAUUUUGCUCACAAACAUUUUUAAUUAGACAGAAAUAUUCUGACUUAUUUUUGAUUCAGACUAGUUUAAAGUAUUUUGACUUUUUUUCCAACUGAAACUGAAAUAUUUUGAACUCUUUUAUGACAAUGUGACUAAAAUGUUUGAACUUUUGAUCAACUGAAACUGAAAUAUUUUGGCUUGUAAUCAAUCUAAAGUUGCCUAAAAGUUUUUGACUUUUUAUCAAUUAGAAUCAAAAUAUUUAGCCCUUAUAAUCAACUUAAUCUGAGGUGAAAUGUUUUCACCCAAAGACACUUUAGUUUUAACAACUUAAUUAUUGAAUUAUUUACAGCCAAGUCGUCUUUAUUCAUGCAUAAAAAAAACUUUUUCUUUAAACAUUUUGAACAAUACAACACAAAUAAAGACAGAUGUAGAUCAGACUACAUUUGCUCCACUAUAUUUAUAGAUUUCCUUUUAACUCACUAAAUCAAAUAAAGUCAUUACUGUGUACAGUAUACAGUCAGCAGUGAAACAAGUAUAUACAGCCUACAAGUGCAUCUGUGUGGCCUGCAGAUACAGCUGGUUAGAAAUCAUUAACAUACAAUAAAGCUUCACUAUUUUAGUCGGGAAAGACAAUAAAACUCCCUCACUUUGACAUGAACUCCCAAGAAUUUACUCAGCGGCACAGAAAUAGAGGAUAUUGUUGAGCUGCAAUCAAUCAUGUAUUUAACUCACACAUUAUCGAUGCUUCAAAGAGUUUCUGCAGAACUCAAAGGAACAAAUCACAGCCUGAGAAUCAGACAGGAAUCAGACAGACCCAGCAUGCAACAAACGGUCACACUGCCAGUGUGGUCAACUUUGGACUUUGGGCGAACUCAAACUUGAGUGCCUCUAAAAAGUAUUUAAUAUUUUAUGCAGAAUUCAAUAUGACUUAAUGUGUCAGUUUUAAAUGAAUGACUGUCCCGCUGGUUCUCAUGCAGCACAUGUCAUUGAUCUGCAGCCAGAGGUGAAUGUGAGGCGAUUUAAAUUCAAUAUCCUGUGACAGAAGAUUUAUACAGGAUAUCACACUUAUUAAAGACAAGGACGCAGAAGUGACAGAAGAAAAAGAGCCGGGACAGAAAACAGACCCAUGACGCCAGACCUGCAAAGAUGUGGCUCCAGAUAUUAAAGCAAUUAAUCACUGUCAGCAGAUAAAGAGUAUUUAGUCUAACAGCUGAAUGUUUGUCCUGAACACACCACAGGCUGCCUGAAGGGAAAAACUCAACAACGGCUCCCCCUGUUGGUUUUAGAGGGGAAUACAUUCAUAAGUCCCAGACAAGGCUCUGACAAAAAAAAAAAAAAAAAAAAAAAAGUCGCUUAUAUGUUUUUAGAAUCUGUUUUAUGGAAUGUAGAGCCCCCACCCUAUCCAGCAGCAACAGAGCACAGUCUGCAGUAAAUGCUUUGAAGGAAUUGUUCGUAAAAACACGUUAGCCACAAUCAGUGAUGUCCAGUGUACUUUACUGCAGAGCCUUUCUUAACUGAACAAAUGACUACAUUCAAAGACUCCUAGAUGGAUAUCCAGUUGAACCUCUUAAAUGAUAUCUCGACCAAGAUUUUCAGAAUAAAGAACAAAAACACAUUGUGUGAAAUAACCGAGGUCAGACUAUCAUGAACAUGAAAAAACAAACUGUGAGUGGCAAGGGAAGACAGUGUUUUUUUUUGUUUUUUUUUUGUUUUGUUUUUUGGACAAUCAUGGCAGCAGAUGACAAACUUUGAGGAGUGAAUGUGACUGAGAAACUUUUUUCCACCUGAAAUAACAGGAGAAGGAAGCUGUUGAUUUGGCUGAUUGAUCCUGUAAUUUCAAACAUGUUUAUAAAGUUAAAAAAUAACCAACAGGAGCAGAAAUAUGUGAAUUAAACCUUUAAAUACUGAACAAAAUCAAAGACAAGUGGAGAUAUAAGAAAGUGUGUUUAAGAUUUUUAUUCAGGUGUAAGAAGAGAAACUAAAAAGCCUUUUACUAUUAUAACUACACAUUUUCUUUUUGGGGUUCACAAUCACUUACAAGUUUAACAUGAAAUUCUCCCAUUUAGUUUGUAGCUCUUGAUAGUCUUGCCUCCUUACUGUAGUACUGGACUCUGCAGAGUAACUUUCUCUGUAACACUUAAAGCUAAAUCUUACUGAUGAUGUAAAACAAAUAGUGCUGUCCUUCAUCUUAGUUUGACCUGAAAUAACUGUGGGUUUUCUAAAGCAUUGUAAAGGGAAAAACUAAAGGUUUCACCAUCUGAAUAAACACAAAGUCCCUGAAAUUAAACGUCUGCAAAACCUCUAACCAGUGUGCUGAACCUCCAUAAGUCUUGUCCCUGUGAUACAAAUGCUGUCCUAUUUUCAUUUGGGACUUUUUCACACUUGGGAAAAGGAGGCUGUGACAAAAUCCCAUGAAGACAAUCAUGCUUCUAUAGCGAGAACAUGAAAAGACCCAAGUCAGAAAUCCAACAAACAAUCAUUUCAUCACCAGAAUCAGAGCCACUGAGGGACAGGUGAGGAAGCACCCUGUCUCCAUCUGUGUCUCUUGCACAGCAAGUAAAUCCUAAAGUCUUAUCACCUGGCGUCUUUAUUUCAGGAAACGGACACUCAUUUUGUGAUCGAUGUUCACUUUCUCCAGGGACUGAAAAGAAAUAAAAGCUUUUAAACUGAUCAUAACAUCAUUAUCAAAACACACAAAAGUUGGUUUCAUUUUUAAAAGCUUUUUAAUUCUCACAGAACACAUCCACUUUCCUCAGCACUAUCUGCUCGUUCACUCUAACUACAUUUCAGAAAAUAGAUAUCUUGUCUUUUUUUUUUUUUUUUUUGUAUCACUAUUUCUGCUCAUUUUGGUUCAUGACCCUCUUACCUUUUUAAACUCAUCGAAUGAGAUGGCGCCAUCACGAUCCAGGUCGGCCUCUUGAAUUGCUCGCUCAGCAAUGCUCUGCAGCUGCUCCUCUGUCACCUGAAUCCCCAGCAUCGCCCUCAGCACCUGACGAGUACCAGCCAAUCAUGAAUCACCUGUCUUGCCGUGUCUAAUACGUCUGAUCUUGCUUUGUGUUUAAUGUUCUAUCUUGGCUCUGCUGCUUCUUUCUGUCUUACUCUCCUCUUCACAGUCACAGAUAAAGCUGAAACCAUCACUGUUACACCUCUAUGCAGAUGACACACAGAUCUAUUUCC